AUGCCAGUCUACCAUAUUGAACUGUUCCGCCUCAAGCCGAACGUGAGUCAAUCGCAAAUAGCAAUCAUGACACAGACAGCAAAGGAGAUGGUUGGCAAGAUCCCAGGCCUCGUUUCAUUGCAAGCUGGCCAGCCACUGUCAAUCUGUAUUCCUCGAGCUCAGGGCUAUGAUAUGGGACUUGUAGCUGUCUUGGAAAAGGCAGAAGAUGUUGCGAGCUAUGCAGUCCACCCUGCUCAUCUGGAGGUGCAUAAGAUGAGGGAAGAGCUGUGUGAUGACACUUUGGUGUAUGACCUGGAGUUCUAA